UUUGAAUGAUAAACCAAUAGUUGUUGCAAACUACAAAGUGGGUAUAGGAUAGGGAUGCGAAAGCGUGUAAGAAAUGCUAAAAUCCAUUUAAGGCGAUAUUCCGAAGAAAACAUCAUUGCAGGAAUUGUGGGUAGUUGUUUUGUGAUAGGUAUUGAUUUGUAUAUAGAACUUCAGUUGUUCAAAUUACUUUAUGGAUAAAACUAACUUCAAGAACUAUCAUGAGAUCAAAAAAAAUAAAGUAUGAUUCAUUUUGAUGAAUAAUAAGGUACGAUUGUGUUAGGAUUGCUUCAAUGACAUCACUAAAAAGUUGAGAGAUAGUGGAGAAAUUGUUAAAGAUAAGGAUUCCCUCAGCGUUCUUAAAUCCUAAUAAUUGAGAAGACACUCCAAAUCGUUUAAUGUGACAGAAGAGAAAUUGCCAGAAUCUGCAAAGCAAGUAUAUAUUGUGUUUCGAUUUAUCAAGACCUCCCCUCCUCCCCCUUUGCAAUUAGUCCCUCAGAUUAAAAUUGACCCGUAGCCACUCUCACAGACUUGCAAACUUCAAAUUCCCGAUACAAUAACUAUAGGUGAUGACAUCGAACAAAAGUAAUUAAAAUUGGAAGAGAGUAUGAUUUCCAAAAUAGAAGAAUUUGUGGAAAGAAGAACCUUGGCCUAUGGAAUUAAAGAAAAUUGGCAAGCAACCAUGCUCCAAUUUAUACUUAAUGCGAUUGAAUACUUAAAAUACGCAGAAACUUUACCCUUAAAAUAAAAAAUACUAUUGAUUAAAAUCAAAAUAAUCCCCUUUAUCAAUUAUGCGGCUACUCAAUAUUUAAGAGGAGUCACCAUCACCAAGAAUAUAGCACAUAAACGCAUGAAAACUCAUCACAAAUCUCCUUCUUUUUUGUUACUCACUGGCUCGCUUGAUUUGGACAUUCAAAAUUUCGAUAAUGUAGUUAAGAAUCAGCAUAAAUAUCUACAAUAAGCUUUGGAGUAAAUUGAUAUGCUUAACCCAAAUAUCAUUUUGAUAGAGAAGGGCAUCAACAACAUUUUGUUAAAUGAGUUCCUGAAAAGGGAUAUCACUGUGUCUAUUCAAUGUAGUUAAAAACAACUCUAAAAAGUUGAAAUUGCAGUUAAAGCCAGAAUAUAGAGGGCUGCAGAUGUGUUCAAUAGGUGUUGUGAUAAGGAUUGUUUGGGCAAGUCUGAUACAGCAUCCUAUGUAAGUUGUGACCCGGAUUCUAUUAAACAAAACUCAACCCUUUAUAGUAGAUUAGAUGAAAAAGACAAGGCUUUACUCGAAGCACACCUUGAAAAAAAAAAAAAUAAAAACAAAGAUAAAACAUUGUUAUUCAUUCACACACCUUAAUAUGCAACUUCUUUUUAAAUUACAUUAAGUGGACCUAGAUUGACUGAAUUGAUUGAUGUGAAAAAGUGUUUUCAACAACUUUGCUGUAUUUGUUAUUCGAUGUCUUUGGAAUUAUCAAUGAUUUUGUUGGAUUAAAAAUUGAAAUAAGAUUUGGAAUAAAAAUACAAGUAAAUUGAUAAUCAAAAGUCUCCAAUGAUGAUUACUGGAGAAAUAUUAGAUUUUUCAAUUUCAUCAAUGACAGAACAUGAGAAUUAAUAAAUUAAGCUUUGCAAAGUGAGGUUUCAUCCAGCUGUCAUCAGCACCAUCCAUGACAUUCAAAAACGAAACAAGUAAAUAUUAACACCAUUUAAACUAGCGACGAGAGUUUGGAAAACUACAUUAAGUAAAAUAUCAAAAAUAUUAAUAAUAAGAAAAUUUCUUAUUUUAGUUAAUUUUGUAAUUUUACUAAAGAAAUUGUUAAGUUUUAUGAAGAUAGAGACUUCGGUUUGGGGCAUUAUAUCAGUAGCAAAGCUGUAGAUACUACUACCAAAUAUUGUUCAAUCAAAUAGAUUCAUCACGUUUCAAUCAGAUAUGGGCCUGGAGCAUUCGUAAGAUGUGUGGUAGAAAGAAAGAAACAAUAAAAUUUGUAAGUUAAAGCUAGUGUUAACUUAACCAAAGAAAAUAUUAAGAAGGAAUAAAGUUUCCUAUAGAUGCAAUCUCUCAAUGAUGAUACCUCAACAUAAUGCGAAACUGUGUAAGGAGACUCAGAUUUCAAAGUUCAUCAAUAGUUGAAUAUGAACAUUAUUACUUACAUCAAGUGUCUUAACUCUAACUGUGAUAGGUAAUUAACUAAAUCUUUUAAAUUGGAAAGAAGUCACUUAGAAUUCUCAUUCGAAAAACUAAUACAAUAUCUCAUCAUGAGUGCUCUAAGAUGGAAGAAAAUAAAUAAGACGAAUUGGCUGGUGUUUGAUGGAGAACUGAAUGAAUAAGGAGAUCAAUUUGAUGGUUGCAAUCACAGUUUAACUGAAAGAGUGUUUGAAUGUAAUGACUUCCAAGUCAAAUUGUUCACCAAUUUAUUUGAUAUUUAUAGGAUUAAACAUUUUCAGUUUAAUUGCUAAGAAGUCAAAUAACAUAUUGAAAAAAGUGACAAAGAAGAGAUAGAUAAAAGAAAGGAUACUUUAAUCUGUCAUUUGCAAAAAUUAUAAUAGCAAAUUUUAAAGAACGAUAAAGGUGUAAGGGAAAGUUAUCUGAUGAAUUCCAAUUUAAGUUUUGAUAAAGAUCCUAAUCAAUUCUUUCAAGUACCUGAAAGUUCUCUAAGUUUGGUUGGGAAUUUUAUGGAAAGAUUGACAUAAUCACCCUAUCCCGAUUUCCUUGCAUUGGAGUAAGAGAGCAUGUAACUCUACUCGCGUAUCUAUUAAAUAGAAGUAACUGAUCAAUUAAGGAUCUCUAAAAUAAAAAAUGAAUCCCAAAUUUCAAAAUAAAAAACAAGCUAAUUCUCAUUUGUAACGAACGAAAGUGGACCUUCAAUUAAGAAUCCCUUUAGGAAAACUUUAAAAGAAACUACAAUUACAAUGUCAACUAUUAAUGAGAACUUGUUUCCAAUUUAGUUAUUGCCUACCUAACAGUAUACGCAGUCACCUGAAUCUCCUAGUUAGGAUAAUUUCAAUUAAUUCGAAGAACAAUCAGAAGCAGGAUUUGAAAAACAAUAUGAUAAUGAUUAAAAUUAGUAAAACUCUAUCAAAUCGUGUUUGUUAAAUUGGCCUAAAGCAGCUCUCAAUUUUGAUUAAAGUAAUAUGCCAAUAAAAUCUUUUUUUGAAUUCAUUCCAAUUUAUAAUCAAAAUGAUAUCGGAUUAGUUGCAUCAGCUCUGAAUCAUCCAAAAUAUUAUGAUUUAUAUGAAAAUAAGUAUAGAUUCACUGAAUUUUGGGAAAAGAUACAAGAUUAAUCCCUAUAAAAGGAGGUUUAAAUGGAGGCUGCUAAAAUAUUAAAAGAUUAGUUAAAAAAUGCAGUUAUCGAAGAAUUCUAAAUAAAGUUAUCUAAAUUUACUGCUUUGCUAAAGAAGACCAGCUUAAAUAAUUUAUAGGAGGUGGAUGAAGAUGAAUAAGCUGUAAUUUAAACAUCAGCAGAGUCUCCUAGAAGACAGUAGAAGUCUGUUACAAUCCAAUUAUAUUAUCCAAAAUAAUUUGAAUGUUUUAGAAUGCUGAAUGGAAUUAAUAUAAAAUAGUUUAUAAAGUCAAUUGCAAGUUGUUCUAAUUGGAAUUCUGCAGGAGGAAAGAGUGGUUCAACUUUCUAUAAGUCUGCUGAUAAUUUAUUUAUUUUCAAAGCAGUUAAGGAAUCUGAAUUUAGCAUGUUUGAAUCCUUUGCCCCAAAAUACUUUGAGCAUCUUUAUUCUAACAUCUCCAAUCAAAGGCCUUCAGUGUUAAACAAAAUUUAUGGAAUGUUCACUAUUAAAAAUUCAAGAGGAACAUAGUAUCUUAUUGCAAUGGAAAAUCUAUUUUGGGGUUUGGAUGGGGAGUUGACUGUUUACGAUCUCAAAGGUAGUGAGGCUAAAAGAUGGAAUCGUAAAAAUCUGAAAACUCUCCUUGAUACCAAUUACAUUAUAGAUCGAAAUGGUGAGCCGUUGCCUGUUUAGGAACAAGAUUUCAACUUCUUAGAAAUAGCGCUAGAAUCUGAUUCUGAGUUUUUACUUGAAGUUGAAGUUGUUGAUUACUCGUUGUUGUUAAUAAUAGAUAAUAAAAAUCACUAGAUUAAAUUAUCAAUCAUAGAUUAUUUGUAAUGCUAUGACUUCAUGAAAAAAAUGGAAACUAAGUAUAUUUUAAAUAUUAAUUUAGAUUAAAAACUGCUAUUAAUUUCGGAGCUCCACCAACCAUUAUCAAACCAGCAGUAUAUUAAGAGAGGUUUAUGAAGGCAAUGAAAAAAUACUUUAUGGGAAUAUACUCAUCACUAUGA